AUGUCAUCGGAAGCCAGCCCUUAUAAAUAUAAGCUGUACAGCUAUUUCCGCUCCUCUUGCUCGGCUCGUGUUCGUAUUGCUGCCCACCUCAAAGGUAUUACUCUUGAAUACGCUUUCAUCCAUUUGGUCAAGGCAGAGCAGAAUGCAAGUGACUACCACGCCUUGAACCCAUCAGAAUCUGUACCGACCCUGAUCGUCACAAAUGGUCAAACCGGCGAAGAAAUCACCAAAAUCAGGCAGAGCGUGGCAAUCUUAGAGUAUUUUGAGGAGGCCAGGCCAGAGCUCCCUCGAUUGUUGCCUCCUCUGGAGGAUCCAGUUGCUAGGGCACGAGUAAGAGAUUUGGUGAACAUCAUCUCCAAUGACGUUCAGCCUGUUACCAACCUCCGCGUGCUCAAUUUUGCUAAGCCUCGAGGAAUUGAAGCAAGCGAAUGGCAGCAGCACUUCAUGAACCUUGGCUUUAGGGCUUUUGAUGAUCUGCUCAAACUUUAUGCCGGAAAAUAUAGCGUUGGUGAUCAAGUCAGCCUUGCAGAUUGUGUACUUGCGCCAGCGGUGGAUGGAGCAUUGAGAUUUGGGGUCCGUGUGGAGCAGGAUUUCCCCAAUGUGUGGAAGGUAUGGAAGAAUAUCAGCGAGGUUGAGGCAUUUCGGCAGGGAAGAUGGAAUGUUCAGGAUGAUACUCCAGAUGAUCUGCGCUUGAAAUGA